UAUCAAUCAACAUUCAGGAGCUCUUUUGACAUACCUGCCGUUAGUUUUACAACCUGUUAUUUGGUUGUGGUUUUACGAGGCAUUGGGGUUCCAGUGCUACUAGCUUACAUUAUUACUCUGGUGCAUCCAGUGAGUGGGAUAGGUGCCAACUGGGGCUCACAAACAUCACAUCGCCUGCCCCCUGAGACAAUGGUGCGGAUGCUAAGAGAGAAUGGGAUUCAAAAAAUUAAGCUUUUUGAUGCUGAUUAUGAUACACUAAGAGCAUUUGGAAGGUCUGGGAUUGAGGUUAUGGUUGGCAUUCCCAAUGACAUGCUUGCAACUUUUGCUUCCAGCUCGAAGGCUGCUGAGAAAUGGGUAAACAAAAAUGUCUCCCAUCAUAUCUCUACCAAUAAUGUCAAUAUCAGGUACGUUGCGGUUGGUAAUGAACCUUUCUUGAAAACCUAUAAUGGAACCUUCCUUAGAACAACAUACCCGGCUCUCAGAAAUAUUCAACAAGCACUGGUAAAAGCCAGAAUCAGCAAUCAAGUAAAGGUCACUGUUCCCCUAAAUGCUGAUGUCUACUCGAGUUCAACUAGCUUGCCGUCGGGAGGUGAUUUCCGAGCUGAUAUCCACGAUUUUGUGAUUCAAAUCGUGAAGUUACUGAGUGAUAAUAAUGCACCUUUCACAAUCAAUAUAUACCCAUUUAUAAGUCUUUAUACAGAUCCCAGUUUCCCUGUUGAAUAUGCCUUUUUUGAUGGGAAUGCAACGCCUCUGAAUGAUGGUGGUACGAACUAUUACAAUAUGUUUGAUGCGAAUCAUGACACUCUUGUCUGGGCAUUGCAAAAGAAUGGUUUUGGAAAUUUACCUAUAAUAAUUGGAGAAAUUGGGUGGCCAACUGAUGGGGAUCGAAAUGCUAACCUAGAGUAUGCUCAAAGAUUCAACCAAGGCUUCAUGGCUCAUAUAUCGGGUGGAAAAGGAACCCCAAUGAGGCCGGGGCCCAUCGAUGCUUAUCUGUUCAGUUUGAUGGAUGAGGAUGACAAGAGUAUUGAUCCUGGAAACUUCGAGCGCCAUUGGGGAAUUUUCAGGUAUGAUGGACAACCUAAAUAUCCUCUCAACCUUGGAACCACUAACUCAGGAUCUCUAGUCCCGGCACGAGGUGUAAUUUAUUUACAGCAAAAAUGGUGUAUAAUGAAGCAAAAUGCAAGACUUGAUGGUUCUGACGUCGCUCCAAGUGUAAGCUAUGCUUGUGCACGCGCUGAUUGCACUUGCCUUGGUUAUCAGACAUCAUGUGGCAAUUUGGAUGCUCGUGGGAAUAUUUCGUAUGCUUUCAACAGCUAUUACCAGAAGAACAAUCAACUUGAUGAUGCCUGCAAAUUUUCGGGUCUUGGAACAAUUACAAGAGCCGAUCCAUCAACUGGAACUUGCAAGUUCAAUAUCAUGAUCAAGGCGUACUAUGCGAGCGCUGGACAAUUAUCAGGCUGUAUUCUGAGGACAUCGACUUUGGUUGUGAGUGUGGCUCUCUUUCUGUUAACUAAUCUAUGAUUGCUGACUUCGGCUCGACUGAUCUUAUUAGCAUUCUGAGUGGAAAAUUGUUGUAAUUCAUUUUCAAAAUUUGGAGGUUUAAUAUUAACAUUUAUUAGAAAGUUGGAGGACUAUAAAUAAGACUGCUGCUAAUUGUCUGAUCCAUGAUCAAUGGAUACUUGAAUUAAUGUGAUUUUGUUUGUUGCAAGAAAUGUUUGCAUCAUGUUAUUUUCUUGCACAUUUGAAGUAUUUUUGUCACUGCAAGGGGGAGUUGUAGCUCAGAUUGUGUAAUUUCUUGUAUAUUGUGACCAUUGUUUCUUAAUUUUUUCA